AUGGAGCGUAGCCUGAUCAAAGGUUCCCUAAGCCCUAAGACCGAACAAGAGUUUCCGAACGCCGUCUCUUUGUCUUUCCUACAGCCGCAUCCGCCUCAUGGAAAACUCGACGACUACCGCAUCCGCCACACUCCAAUCGACCGUAUUUCAUGGUAUGAAGUACGGAAGCCCGCCAUCGACCUGACAUGCGUCGAAGAGAAAUCGAACGACGGCCGUCUGUGUUACCGUUUAGCAGACCUUGAGCCGGACCGCCAGUACGUCGUACAGGUGUCGGCGCACACGGAGGGCGGAGGAUGGAGCGACUGGAGCAAGUCGUGGUAUGUGAAGACUCGGCAAGCAGAAAUCCCCGUUAUGGAAAGCCCGAUCAAAAUAUCCUUAGUUGGUUCGAAUAGCAUCACGUUGAUAUGGGACGGCAUCAACACGAAGGAACACAGGAACCUCAAAGGAUACAUAUUGGAGUACAACGUAGGCGGCGACUCGCAAUGGGUCCAACAUGGUGAUAUGAUUCCGGUGGCCAAGGACUCCGAGAGUGGGCAGCUCGUCAGCUCAACAGUCAGCAACCUGCAGCCGAACAAGGUUUACUACUUCCGAGUGAAGCUGGUGGACGCCAACGAUCGUCAAGGCUUGCCCGGGCCACAACUGCGCGCUCUGACCCCCUGUGGAAAGCCAUCUCAACCACCAAGAAAUGUCCGUAUCGAUUCCGAAAACUACAAGGCACUGAGGGUGCGGUGGGAGUCUGUUCCAAAACACCAGUGGAACUGUGACAAUGUGACGUACGUGAUCAAGUUUCACAACUCGACGCACUCUGGUUACGUGGACGUUAGCCCCUCGCUUCAGGUAAAUGAAUACUGGUUCGAGACCGCAGCCGGCGUGCGUUGGGCCAUUCAGAUGCGUACGCAGUCGGUUGGUGCCGACAACGUACGACACGAGGCCAGCGAAUGGUCACCGGAAAAAGUGUUCGUUGUUCCUGGAGUUCCAGAACUUGUGUUCAUGGAUCUCAAGAAACGUGGUUCGGACGCCGUUCAAGUCUCGUGGGAUGUCUCUACGGCCGACAAGGACUGGCCGUACGGAGUGGACAUUACCUAUGUGUUAAAGCAGAAGGGCGAUUGCGCGCCGAAGCAGGAACUUCCGGUCACAGAGUACAACGUUCACGAUAGAAGUUUUCUCAUAGAAGUAUGA